GCCUGGCAGCUCCAGGCGUGGGACCUUCAGGUGCGCGCUCUGCAAACUCCAGCUUCUGCGCAGACACUCUGACGCGCCGCGCCGCUGGGAAAGCACAACGGGCUCGCUCUCCACCCAAGGGCACCGCACACCCAGCACCCGGCCAUGUCGUCCUGCGUCCGUGUGGCGCUGGUCACCGGGGCCAACAAGGGCAUCGGCUUCGCCAUCGUGCGUGACCUCUGCCGGCAGUUUCCGGGGGACGUGGUCCUCACGGCGCGGAACACAGCACGGGGUCAGGCGGCCGUGCAGCAGCUGCAGGCCGAGGGCCUGAGCCCGCGCUUCCACCAGCUGGACAUCGACGACCUGCAGAGCAUCCGCGCCCUGCGCGACUUCCUGCUCAAGGAGUACGGGGGCCUCGACGUGCUGGUCAACAACGCGGGCAUCGCCUUCAAGACUGUUGAUUCCACACCGUUUCAUAUUCAAGCAGAAGUGACUAUGAAAACAAACUUCUUUGGUACCCAAGAUGUGUGCACAGAGCUCCUGCCUCUAAUAAAACCCCGAGGCAGAGUGGUGAAUGUGUCUAGCUUUGUGAGUGUCAGCUCUCUUAAAAAAUGCAGCCCCGAAUUGCAGCAGAAGUUUCGAAGUGAGAGCAUCACAGAGGAGGAGCUGGUGGGGCUCAUGAACAAGUUUGUGGAAGACACAAAGAACGGGGUGCACAGGAAGGAGGGCUGGCCUGAGACCGCCUAUGGGGUGACGAAAAUCGGCGUCACGGUGCUGUCCAGAAUCCAAGCCAGGAAACUGAGUGAGCAGAGAGGAGGGGACAAGAUCCUCCUGAAUGCCUGCUGCCCAGGGUGGGUGAGAACUGACAUGGCAGGACCCACAGCCACCAAAAGCCCAGAGGAAGGAGCAGAGACCCCCGUGUACUUGGCCCUUUUGCCCCCGGAUGCUGAGGGGCCUCACGGACAGUUUGUUUCCGAGAAAAAAGUUGUGCAGUGGUGAGCUCACUCACAGCUCCUCCCAUGGGCCCGAUUAUGUUCCUGUCCCAAUUUCACGGAAAGGACACUUACACUGUCAAAAAUAUCCCUAUGCAAAAAAAAAAAAAGAAGAAGAAAUAAAAGAAUCAAAAUAU